AUGUCUCUCUCAAGUCCAGGUAAGAGAUCGUCUACUAUGGGACAUCAUUUCUCACAUCCAACCAACAAGUUCUGGGUACGUUUCACCGAAUCUAUCUCGUCGCUGUUACCCCCGAUAUGCGGUAUUCAAAUUAAUCAUGUCGCAAAUCAAGGUCUAACGCCCAGAUUACUGGAUCCGACUGAAGAUCAGAACAUGCCCCAGUAUGGAUAUGGUCUGACUAAUCUAGUCGAUCGACCGACGUCCGAGCAAUCUGAAUUAUCAACGCUAGAAAUGAGAUUAAACGUUUUCAACCUAACUUUAAAAUUCUUACUUCAUCGACCGAAAAUAGUCUGUUUUGUAGGAAAGAAAAUAUGGGAUGUUUACGAGAGUGUCAUUUCCAAAACUGCCAUGCCAAUCGUGGCGAAUAGAAAUAAGCAGAUGGCAGUGAACGAAUCGAUGGAUGAGUGGACUCGAAAGUACGAUGAAGAUAACGAGGAAUCAAAGUUGACCAUGGACAUUCCUGGUGAAGAAGAUGAUCAUAAGCUAAAAAUCAAAGAAGAAAUCGUAGAUGCUAUUCCAUUGAAUGGUGAUGACGAUCACCUCGUCAAGAAUGAAGGAGAAAUACCUUCAAUCUCAGAAUCAUCUUUAUCACCUCCUCCACUUCUUUCACCUCCAGCAUCCAAAUUUGAACACGAAGCCGAAUUGGUUAAAAUGGAAAGUGCGUAUACUGAACAAACGACCAACCACAUACCUACUCCCACGAAGAAGACUGCUCGAUCGAAAAAGGUAGUGGAACAAUUCGAUCCUACCAAACCACGUAAAUAUCGUUUACCAUUGCCAUUACCUUCACCACCACAAUCGCAUAUGCAUACGCAGAUGAGCGUGAACGGACAAGUUGAGAAAGCACAGGAAUGGACUUAUUUCUGGGUCGUACCCAAUACUUCAGGAUUAGAGAGGACACCUCUAUCUGAACAAAUCAUCAAUUUCACCGCGUUGAAAACGUUUCUUAAUCAUCUUAACGAUGGCUUGAUGCCUGAAACCGAAGAUUGGAAGGAAAUAGAUACACUGGGAGUGGAAAGGACUGUCGAAACGAUGAAACUAGCUGCGAUGGCUAAAAGUGCUUGA